GAUAUCGACAAAUAUCGGCAGAAGACCAUCGAUGGCUGAUGCAUCGAUGUUUUUUUACAUCACUAUUGUACACGCGAUUUAGGCAGCAAAAACGUACAAAAGCGAGUGAUCAAAUUGUGCCAGUGAUACCGCUGCCCGCGGUCGCGAAACGAAUCGAUUGCAGAAGUGCGACAAACAGCGCCGCGAAAGGAAAACAACCGAUGAAAUAUUCUCCCAAAAAAGGAGGAAAAAAUCGCAAGUUGUUGUUGCCGUUGCUGCUGAAAAAGAAAGAGAGAGAGAGGGCGCUGCGUGUAUGCCUGAGUGUGUGUGUGUGUGGGGGUGAGGAUGUCUCUCUCUAAUGCACAGUGACUGUGUUUUCCUUUUUUCGAUUUUGUUUUUGUGCCCCCCCGACAAACAACAAAAGUCCAAGCGAUCCGUUGUUUCUGCAAGUGUAAAGUUUAGAGUGUAUGUGUGCCGCCGAACAACAACAUCAGCGACAAAACAACAAGCAGGGCGCACAGCAAAACAAUUCACACACACGCACCCUCCCCCGCCUGCGCGCGCCUGUGUGUGUGUGAGAGAGAGGGAGUGAGAGAAAAAUCGAAGAAGUGUUGGCCAAAAACGAAAAAAUUAAAUAAAUAUCAAAAUCCAACAGUACCAGCAACUAACUAACAAAAAUCGGACCUAACCGAGUCGAUAUAAUGUCCACCAUUGAGUUCGAAACGAUCGGCAGUCGGCUGCAAUCCUUGGAGGCGAAGCUUCAGGCGCAGAAUGAGUCCCACGACCAGAUCGUCCUUUCCGGUGGGCGCGGACCAGGCGUUUCCGGUUCCGUUCCGUCUGCCCGCGUUCCGCCGCUGGCGACAUCCGCAGCCACAUCCGCCGCCCACGCACCGCCCCUGGGCGCAGGUUCCGUUCCCGGAUCGGGAAUCAGCAUAGCCCAGCGGCCGGCACCCCCAGUUCCUCAUGCGACGCCCUUCGGCAGGGCCAGCGCCUCGACGUCAUCAUCCGCAUCCGCAUUUGCAUCCGCAGCACCAGCGACGGGCUCCUUCGGUGGAACAUACACCCCGCCCACAACUAGAGUGUCGCGAGUCACGCCCACACUGCCCAUGCUAUCUAGCGGCCCCGGUGGCGGAGUGAAUCGGACGCGGCCGGUGAUACUUCCGUUGCCCACGCCGCCGCAUCCACCGGUGUCGGAAACGGACAAGAAGCUGAAGAUCAUCAUGGAGCAGACCGGCAAGCUGAACAUCAACGGGCGGCAGUAUCCGACGGACAUCAAUGACCUCAAGCAUCUGGGCGACCUGGGCAACGGGACCAGCGGCAAUGUGGUGAAGAUGAUGCACCUGUCCAGCAACACGAUCAUCGCCGUGAAGCAGAUGCGGCGCACUGGCAACGCGGAGGAGAACAAGCGCAUCCUGAUGGAUCUGGACGUUGUGCUCAAGUCGCAUGACUGCAAGUACAUUGUCAAGUGCCUCGGCUGCUUUGUUCGCGAUCCGGAUGUGUGGAUCUGCAUGGAGCUGAUGUCCAUGUGCUUUGAUAAGCUGCUCAAGCUCUCCAAGAAGCCGGUGCCGGAACAGAUCCUGGGCAAGGUCACUGUGGCGACGGUCAACGCGUUGUCCUAUCUGAAGGACAAGCACGGGGUCAUCCAUCGAGAUGUGAAGCCCUCGAACAUUCUGAUCGACGAGCGCGGUAACAUCAAGCUCUGUGAUUUCGGGAUCAGCGGUCGCCUGGUGGACUCCAAGGCCAACACUCGAUCCGCCGGCUGUGCAGCUUAUAUGGCGCCGGAGCGUAUCGACCCCAAAAAACCAAAGUACGACAUUCGCGCAGAUGUGUGGUCCAUGGGCAUCACGCUGGUGGAGCUGGCCACCGCGCGAUCUCCGUACGAGGGAUGCAACACGGACUUCGAGGUGCUCACCAAGGUGCUGGACUCGGAGCCGCCGUGUUUGCCAUACGGCGAGGGCUACAACUUUAGUCAGCAGUUCCGCGAUUUCGUCAUCAAGUGCCUCACAAAGAACCAUCAGGAUCGACCCAAGUACCCGGAGCUUCUGGCCCAGCCCUUCAUCCGGACUUAUGAAAUAGCCAAAGUAGAUGUGCCCAAUUGGUUUCAGAGCAUCAAGGAUAACCGGCUGCGUGCCAAUGGCGAUCCAACGCUCCAGAGGGCGACGGCGACUGGAAGUGUAGUCGGUUCUGGUGCCGGAUCUCUCGCAGGAUCAGGAUCCGCGGGUGGAGCUGUAAAAUAUGGUAGGGCGACGCCGUAUGCGGGCCAGAGUCCCACAAGUUCGCAGAAGACAAUAAAACCCACUCAGAUACCGAGUUACCAGCAGCAGCAGUCGCAGUAUUUCAUGCAAUCAGCCACACAACUACCUCAAACAACAACCACAACACCGACGGCAACGACAAACUGUUUCGGCGGCAGCGGAAACGGCAAUGGACGAGGAAAUGGCAGCGGCGGAAGUGGAAGUGGAAAUGGUAGCGGGAGCAGCAGCAGUGCCAGCCCCCUAUCGCCACCAAGCGCCGGAAUCGGCGAUCUAAACCGGCUUUAUCGCAAAUCGCCGUUCAUGCAGCGAAAACUGAGCAACGGAUCCCAUCAUCCGCACUACAAAUACAACGACGAGAGCCCCAAGAAGGAGUCCAUGUUCAGUAGCAUCGGUAGGUUUGCCUCCGUAGGUUUACAAAACGUUUACACUUCAUCAAUUGCAUCAAUUGCAGGCCAAUCGAUUCUACGCAAUCUGACCACAUCGCCCUUCAGCCAAAAGAAACACAAUUCAGCAGCAGCGACUGCGACAUCAAUACCACUGCCGCACAACAACCAAACAUUGAUCACGGAUGCAGCAGCAGCAGCAGCAGGAGCACCAACACCGCCAAAUAUUGCAGCUGCGGCGCUCGCGACAACGCCAACGACCACGCCCACUUGGCGCCUGCCAGCGGAAAAUCCCCAAGCCUACGACAGCUGUGAUAGUAGUAGUAAUGCGACCACGACGACCUUGAAUUUGGGCCUCUCCUCACCCUCCCCCUCGUUGCCGCGCAAGCAAUUCCCCACAGAAUCGCCGACGCCGACUCUGCAGCUCACGAGUCAGCAGCCACAACCACAGCGAUUGCAGCCGGGCAACCAGAGCCCCAUAGUGCUGCAGCGCUUCUACCACCAGCAGAACCAGCUGCGCGAGAAGGAGGCGGCGGAGCGGUAUCAGCAGCAGCGGCAGCAGCCGCCCGUGGGAGUGACCAGCACGAAUCCGUUUCACAGCAACUAUGUGCCGCCGCCGCCAUCAACGCACUCCACCUCUAGUCAGUCUUCCACGCAGUCGACAUGUUCGCAAAUCGCCGUCAAUCCCGCCAGCAUAUCCCCAUCGUCUGGCUCUGGAACGGCAAAUGUAGCGGGAAUAGGAAUAGGAUUGGGAUCAGGAUUGGGGGCAGCUGGUCACUUUGGAGCGGGCGGCAAUGGCGAGCAGUUGCAGUACCAGCCGCUGCCCAUCGCCGCCGAGGCAGCGGGCACGAGUCCCACGCUGCAGCCCAGGUCACCGGAACAGCAGUCGGAUUGUGGAGCAAGUGGCAGCAUGGUGGCCAGCAAGCUGAGCAAGCUGUACGCACGCCGACAGCUUUUGGGCCAGAGCUCCAGCAGCGGAGCGAGCAACAGCAGCCUGGAUGGCUGCAGUCGGGAGCAACACGAUGCCGGCUGGUUCAACACACUUGCCGGUGCCAUGAAGCGACAGUUUGCCACCUAUGUUAAAACCCAAUUGAAUUCCACAGCCACGUCGCCGGUGGCGUCCAGCAUGGAUCGCGAUCAGGAGCUGGUGCAUCCGCAGCCGCCGGCGUACAGGAGCGUCGUGAAUAACGGCAGCGUUGGCAAGUCCUACUACUAUCGCACCUUGUCGGCGGCCAGCAGCAGUAGUAAUACCAGCCAGAGCACCUCGCCCACAACGGAGCCACUGCCCGGAGGCGGCACCAGUAGCUUCCUGCGUCGCUACGCCAGCAGCGGGCCGGGAAUGGGCGGCGGUGGCGGUAGCAUCAGCACGCCGCCCAGUCCGCAUAUCUUGGCAGGAUUGGAUCGCAGACAUCGGAGUCCAGAUCCGCCGCCACGCUACAAUCGCGGACAGUCGCCGCUGUUGCUGCGGAAGAAUCUGCUGGAGCUGAGUGGUCAGCCGCCCGGCUCUCCGCUGCUGCAUCGCAGAUACGUUUCGGCCUCGCCGCCGCUACCGCCACCGCGACGAGGCUCUGAAAGCGUGCCGGGAUCACCGCAACAUUUCCGCACUCGCAUCCACUAUACACCCGAGCCCCAGAGACGCAUCUACCGUACGAUAGAUCAAUGAGUAGCGCUGCAAAUCAUGGUCAUGUGAUGCUGGUAUGGCUUCGACGACGAUGUCGCCGACGCUGCUGCUCACGACGACAGUCAGGAGGAGGAGGUGGGCCUGCUGGAGCCCAUUUCCCUGCCCGUCUCGUCAGCAGCCGGCGACUCGCUGUCGAUGCCGGCGUAUGCAGGUGGCCGUCUGGGCACCAGGUCGUCCGGAACUGACCGGCGGAUCGGCGGUCGUCGGACGUGUUCGGCCAGCGGAUCGUAUGCCAGCUUGUAUACGGACGGGGACGAAUGGCCAGGAGGAUCGUCGGGUGGCGCAUCGGGUACAUCAACGACCAGAGCCGGAUAUCCGUGGACAUGUGAUUGAUGACAAACGAAAGUGUUCAAAAGUCUAAUACGUUUAAGUGCUUGAGCCUCAGCGAUUCAUCUGUAUCCGCAUCUGCUAGACAAUUCGUUUCGUUGCGCAGCUCCAAUUGUACAUAGACAUAUAUCUUUAGGGAUCUUUAGGGACACAUCCGAUAAUAGUGCAAUAGUUGAAAGCAAUUAUGUUCGCCCAACACCCGCCCCCCUGUAUCCAGUUCUAUUAUAUUCUAUAUGUCUCUGUAUCUGUAUCUGUAUCUGUAUCCUUAUCUGUGUCUGUAUCUGUAUCUGUAUCUGUAUCUCCUUCAAUGGUAACUCUGUAAUCAAAAGUUUACACUUUACACAACGUAAAUUAUUUAACCGUAGCUCUAAACAGAAAAUGAAACAAAAUAGCUAAAUCGAAAGGGGAAAAUCCAAGAAAAAGAAUGAGAAAUUCAAAUGAUUUGUAGCUUUGUAUAUAGAGAGGAGGCGAAGUGCAAAAUGUCGUUGCAUUUGCUGUUUGCAAUUUGUUUUAGCUUAUACAUUUCAUUAAACAUCAACUUGUAUGCUGAGUGGAAGGGAAACCAACAACAAACAACCACAUUAAUAAUGGAAUUAUUGUACUGAUUA